AUGUCUGUAGAUUGUUGGGCUUUUGGUGUCCAAGUACCUGAUGGUUGUUACAUAAAGUGCUCCAAAAAACAGUGCGAGAAAGUUUAUGAUUUAAAAUGCCUAGGACUGACAGAAAAUAAAUUCAGUUCCUUCUCGGAUAAGCGCACGAAGCAAUGGGUCUGUCCGGAGUGCGCUUGUUCUAAACCUAAACGCUAUGACCCGAAUACACCUAUCAGGGACACCCCGGAUCUGAAAACAUUCACGCCCAGUGCUAAUGUCAACACUCAACGGGGAAGCCGCAUGCAAUUGAUGGAUGAAUCAAUUGUCGAGUGUGAUAAUAAUAGUAAUGAUAAAUUGCUGUCUGAGUUUAGACAGCUAAAAUAUGAAGUCUUAAGCCGAUUAGACGUGCAAACUUACAUUAUUAAACAUCUUCAAGAAAUAUGUUUUUCUACAAAAACGGAAUUAGAAGAACUAAAGAUUAAAAUGAAAGUAUUUCAAAAUAAAUUGUUCCCAACGGAUCUGUUAUCAACUCAAAAUCAACAGUUUGAAAGUAUUGAUAGUAUAACGGAAAGUUUGAAUACAGGCCUCGAAAUGUCUAAGCAAAUCGAUGUCCCAUCUACAUUCGCUGAUGUGGCUCGUAUAAGCCUAAAUAAUGUAAACAAAACAAACGUUACUCCCUGCGUAAUAAAAACGCCUGCGGCCAUGAAAAUAGCAACCGGGAGAGGGUCCGUUGUCCAAACUCAACCAAUUAAUCAGCCACAGUGUGUGACUCCAAAGAAAGAGUUAAAUAUUAAUAUUAGUGAGGAAGAAGAAAAAAUUAAUAAAGAUUGUGAAUGGACUAUAGUUCGUAAGAAAAGGGGGAGUUACCAAUCAAAAAAUGUGAAGAAAGGAAAUAAUACGGUUUUAUUAGAUAUACAGGCUACCUACUGA